AGUGUGGCCCCAGAAGUGCCACCUGUCAGUGUCCAUCAGUGCCAGCAGUCAGUGCUCAUCAGUGCCACCUAUUAAUGCCAAUCAGUGUCACCUAUCAGAGCUGCCAAUCAGUGCCACCUAUAAGUUCCAGUCAGUGUUGCCUAUCAGUGCCAGUCAGUGCCGCCUAUCAGUGCCAGUCAGUGCUGCUUAGCAGUGCCAGUCAGUGCCGCCUAUUAGUGUCAGUCAGUGCUGCCUAUCAGUGCCACCUAUCAGUGCCAUUUAUUAGUGUCAUGUAUCAG